AUGUUCAUACAGCCUCUACUCUUCUCGACCAUUUGGUCUUUAACUUCAAAACUCAUAUCUGCUGCUUCUUCUGAUAUCUUUGAUUUAUAUGCUACAACAACAUCAUCAUCCUCAAUUCAAUUAAACCCACUCGGUGUUACCUCAGACAAUGUAAUAGCAAUCGGUGCCGAUGUAACAAAAUUAGACAUUCAAAUUCUUGAAGAUGGUAAAGCAAAAAUUCAAAAUACAAAUUAUUACCUAUAUGUUAACCAAGAUAACCAAUUAACCUACAAUAGCCAAGGUUCUUCAAUCUUUUUCAUAUCUGGUAAACAUUUGCAUUAUAACGAAUACUACACCUUUUUGGCUUGCUCAAUAUCUGACAAUAACUAUGAAAUCUAUCUCGAUGAUCAAUCUUCGGCUUCUCCUUGCGAUAGCCCAAUUUCUUUCUCUUUCAGACCAAGAAAAACUGAUAAUAAUAAUAUAAUAACUAGCUAUGUUCCAUCUGCUUUAGGCUCGACUCAGACUAAUUUCGAUGAAACUAUUUUUACUGCUGAUUCAACUGAUGAUGGCUCUUUGGUUUUCACUUCUGAUUCUGAUGGAACAACUGGUCUCCCUUUAACUGCUGAUGAUAAUGACGAUGAUUCAAAUACAAAUUCAGUAACUACAAUUUAUUCCACUAAAACCUUAGGUGGAGGCGUUAUCCCAAUUACUACUAUUAGCGGCGAUGUAAAAACCUCUUUAUCAACUGGCUAUAGUGUUUUAACUUAUACAAGUACUGUUAUGGUCCCAGUUACUGAGACAUUCACUUCAAAAGGUCAAGAUACAGUUAUAAUGGUUACAACAUAUUUAACUCCCCUAGAGACUUGUAUUACUACAACAAGGCUUUCAACGAUUUACUCUGCUGUUUCCACUGAAACUAUAACUUAUUUGACUUGUGCUGAUGAUGCUUGCAAAACUACUUUAACUUCCACUUUAGAAUUGGUUCAUGGUUCUACUCUUUACACAAAAACUUUUAAAAAUGAAUCAUCCACUAUUUCCCAAACCAGUUCCGGAAAUCGUGCCCUUCCAACUUCUAAUUCUGGAGAUGAUUCUGAAGAUGAUUCAUCUUCAACUGAAUCUAAUACAAGAUUUAACUCAUUAGUCACUGUUUUCAGCUCUUUAACCUCUGUAGCUGGUAACUUCACUGAUGAACUCUUUGGUAAUUCAAGUUCUGCAAAUGACGCUCAUGUCUUGAAAGGAUUUUCACUUGUUUCUUUGAUUACUAUAUUUGGUUUAAUAUUAAUUUAA